GCUAGUCAACCACUUGAGUCUUUCCUAUGGCAGCUUAAAUUCACAAUUCUGCUUGCUCAAAUUUGUGUCGCAUCCUCUUAAAAAUGAUAGCACUAACACAGUUGUUUUUUCUCUCUUUACUCUCAAUAUUUUGUAAUACGAAUGUUGCUCCGGUAUUCAGCCAAUGCCUGGAGGAUCAAAAGUCUCUUCUACUAGGACUAAAAAAUAGCUUAUUAUUCAAUUAUUCUGCUUCAAGAAAACUGGUUCGGUGGAAUCAGACUACAGAUUGCUGCAGUUGGGAUGGGGUAGAAUGUGAUGUUGCUGGUCAUGUAAUCAGUUUGCUCCUCGACAAGGAGAUUAUUUUCAGUGGGAUUGAGAGUUCAGAAGAUCUUUUCCGACUUAGUUACCUUCAGAAGCUAAAUUUGGCAUUCAACAGCUUUGACGGCAUUCAGAUUCCUACGAGGCUUCAGAAUCUUACAAAUUUGACACACUUGAACUUGUCAAAUGCUGGUUUUGGAGGACAGGUCCCAAAUGAAAUUCUGAGCAUGAGGAGCUUGGUUAGUCUUGAUCUCUCCUCCUAUUUUCCAGGCAUCCCACCGUUGAAACUCGAGAGUCCAAAUUUGCAGAUGCUUGUUCAGAAUCUUACAGGGCUCAGAGAACUUUAUCUCGAUUCGGUUGAUGUUUCAGCUCAGGGGAGUAAUUGGUCGCAGGUUCUAUCUUCCUCUUUACCUGAUUUAAGAAACUUGAGCUUGUGCGGUUGCUAUCUGCGAGGGCCUAUAGACGCUUCCCUUACCAAGCUUCGAUCCCUCUCAGUUCUCCUCCUUGAUAGGAACAAUCUGGCCUCUGAAGUUGCUGACUUCUUUGCAAAUUUCUCCAGAUUGACAACCCUAAGUCUUUCUUCUUGUUCUCUGGUGGGAUCUGUUGCAGAAAAGAUCUUUCAGCUACAUAGUUUGCAAAAGCUCGAUUUAUCAGACAACUUGCAACUUAGUGGUACUCUACCUCAAUUCCCUCCUAAUGGAUCUUUAAGGACUGUAGUACUUAGCUACACCAAUUUUUCAGGCUCACUACCAGAAUCCAUUAGCAACCUUGUCAUGUUAUCCAGGUUGGAGCUGUCCAAUUGUAGCUUUACCGGACCAAUUCCACCCACAAUAGCAAACCUUACCGAGCUGGAAAUCUUGGAUAUCUCAUCUAACAACUUCACUGGUUCGCUCCCUCUGUUUCAAUCGUCCAAAAAACUCACCUACAUAGAUGCUGCUCAUAAUAGUCUAACGGGCUUACUUUCCUCUAAGCAUUUUGAAGGCCUUAAAGAUCUUGAGUACAUUAAUUUAGGGCAAAAUUUACUUGGUGGCAGUAUUCCGUCCGCUUUGUUUGCUCUUCCAUCCUUGCAAAAGCUCCAGCUCUCUAACAAUGAGUUUCAUGGUCAAGUUAAAGAGUUUUCUAAGCCAUCAUCCUCUUUACUGGAAGUACUAGAUGUCAGCUCUAAUCAUCUACAAGGACCAAUUCCAAAGUUUUUCUCUGAACUUGAGCAGUUGAAAGUACUCUCUCUUUCUUCAAACUUUUUCGAUGGCACUGUGCAGCUGGAAAUGUUUAGGAACCCCAAUUUAGCAAGACUUGAGUUGUCCUACAAUGACUUGUUUGUUGAUUCAACCCGUACCAAUUCCAGCUUGCCUAUGCUUCCCUCAAUCUCUGUGUUGAAUUUAGCAUCUUGCAAGUUGCAAAAGUUCCCAGAGCUAGCCAGGCAUUUAAAACUAUUCCGGUUAGACGUUUCAUCCAAUCAACUCAAGGGAGAGGUACCUAACUGGAUUUGGGAAAUUGGUAACGAUACACUCACACACGUGAAUCUUUCUUUCAAUGAACUUCAUGGUUUCCAGAAGCCUUACAAAUUUCCUAGUCUGACUCUCCUGGACUUGCAUUCCAACAAGUUCCAGGGUGAGUUACCGAUCCCACCCUUCUUCUCUGUUUAUGUGGACUAUUCUUUUAACUAUUUCAGCAACUCUAUUCCAAAAGAUAUUGGCAAUUUCAUUUACUAUGCUUCCUUCUUUUCUGUUUCAAAUAAUCACCUCACUGGAGAAAUCCCCACAUCCAUUUGCAAUGCUACUUUCCUUCAAGUUCUUGAUUUGUCUAGUAAUGCAUUGACUGGUAGUAUACCGCCCUGUUUGCCGAUGGAAAAUUGGAGCUUGGGAGUUCUGAGUCUAGGCAGGAACAACUUCAGUGGCAACAUACCAGACACAUUUUCGGUUAACUGCAGCCUCAAGACAUUAGAUCUCAACAGUAAUGUUUUGAAAGGGAAGAUUCCCGCAUCUCUGGUAAAUUGCCCGUUGCUAGAAGUCUUGAACAUUGGAAACAAUGGAAUUGAAGACACAUUCCCUUGCAUGUUGAUGAACACGAGUUUGCGUGUCCUGAUUCUGCGAUCCAACAAAUUCUAUGGAGACCUUCAAUGCUCUGGAGCCAUCCAAGGGUGGUCGAAUCUUCAAAUCAUCGACAUAUCUACCAACAACUUUGGUGGUGAUAUCUCACUGUUGUCUUUCUCUAACUGGAAGGGAAUGAUAAGUGUCAACGAAAACCAGUCGCUGUACAACCAUCUGCGCUUUGAUUACUUGAAACUGAGCGGCUAUUACUAUCAAGAUGCAGUGACGGUAACCAUGAAAGGCCUCGAGAUGGAACUAACGAAAAUUUUAGUUGUCUUCACAUCCAUAGAUUUCUCGAGAAACAAGUUCCAUGGGAGCAUACCGCGUACAAUAGGAGAUCUCGAAUCUUUGUAUCUUCUCAAUUUAUCUCAUAACGCCCUGACAGGCCUUAUCCCUACAUCAAUCAAGAACUUGAGACAGCUUGGUUCUUUGGACCUAUCGGUGAACCAUCUAACUGGGAAAAUCCCCCAGGAGCUCGCUAGUCUCACUUUCUUGUCAUUCUUAAACCUGUCUUUCAAUAGACUUUUGGGCAAGAUCCCUCAAGGCCCUCAGUUACAAACAUUUUCAGCAGCUUCCUAUGAAGGAAAUGCUGGUUUGUGUGGAUUUCCAGUAAACAUAAGUUGCAAUGACGAAGUGCGUGGUGAAAAUUCAUCCCCAGAGCUUCAAAAUGGGCAAUUGUAUCCAGAGACAGAGAUCGAAUGGAGCUACAUAUCUGCAGCUUUGGGGUUUGCUGUGGGCUUAGCGAGCACUAUUUGGCUACUUCUGUGCUGCAAAAGAUGGAGAAAGAUAUACUUUGAACAAAUUGACCGAAUUCUUCUAAAGAUCUUUCCCCUCACAGAUGGAAGAAAAGGAAGAGUCAACACAAAUCAAGUGAGGGGACCCUAGUGCUGAUGAUGUUUUGGGUUUGUAACGUAGGCAGACAAACAGAAUACAGGCAGGAUUUAGCCCACACGUGUGUGAGUUGCUCUUGACAUUUGAAUUUAGGAGAUUCUAAUAGUGCAUUAUCUGCUUGUGUCUGUGAAGCAAAUUUUGCUAUUUCAAAUCUGUAAUAGUACAGCACGCAAGCCCAUUGCCUUUUAGGAA